CGCGAUCGUCAUCGGGAGAGCGGAAAGUAAGUUUCGCGCGUCCGUCGCGGUGAGAUAUCGCGAAAUGAAAGCGAACGUGUCUCGCGGAACGGUUCAUCAAAUAAAUAUCUCUUAUUUAUUAAAUAUUCUUCCUCUCACAAUAUGUAGCUGCUGCUCGACAUCACCGCGAUUUUCCCGCCGUGGAGAAUAAUCGGGAGUGACAUGAAGCGAGGAGGAGCAGCGGAACCUCGACUGGCUUCGUAUGCUUCACCGGGAACACGACGCACGUACGACUUGAAACAAAUACCAUUGGAAAGGGGAAAUCGUCGCGCUUCUGAUGGACGUGACAUCGUUCUUCGGUGAGACAAGGAUCGCACGGCGUAAUUAUCGUGCACGUGGGUGUGAGUGCCACGACGGAGAAGCCAAGGGUCAGGAUGUUGAAUCGGGAAGUCAGGACGGAGGACGCGGGCGACCAGCAGCGCUGCAUCAUAUAUUUCCAGGUCUGUCAAACUCGAUCGUGAACGAUCAGUCGUCCGUCUGGCUGCCAUUGAGUAUUGAUCUUAGCGAGUAUUUGCCGCAAAUCGAUCUGCCGGAGAUUGCGGGCACACGUGCGACUGCGGCUUUAUCGGCGCGAUCGUUUUUUAAUUCGUGAGCUUUUCACGCGAGUGGCGAAUGUGUUCGCGACAGAACUGGCCGUAUCGUGAUAAACACUCAUCGAACGAAUUCACUAAACAAACUCGUAAAUUUCGUUCCGGGAUUAAUGAAAACCGUUCGUUGAUAUCGUCGAAAUAAUUGCAAAAUAUCGUUAAAGAUACAAAUAUAAAUCGCGUCGCGAGUGCAGUGAAGUGUAAUCAACGUGGGACUAUUCAGUAGCGAGUUUUGUCGAUGGAUUUGGCGGGAUAUUAGUGGAGCUGACUGAACGUCGGUGGAUUUCAUCGC